AUGGUAAAACGGUCAGUAACUUGCGAAUCUUGCAUUGAUGCUCUCGUGGAGAAAGAUCCAAACAACACGAAGUUUAACUCAUUGGUGAGACAGAAAAACCAUGGAGGACUAAUUGAAGCUUCUGCAAGUGUUUACCAAAUUUUCCAAAGCACAAAGCAAUGUGUGGUAAGAAUGCUUCAUUCAACAGGGGGAAACUUACCCGCAUCGUCAAAGAUUGUCUCAGCAAUUUCAUCAGUGGUCUUGGAAGAAGCUGUCAAGAAAAAUUCAUUUUCAUCUCUCCAUGAUCACAUGUUUGACAGCUCUCCUGACAAUUAA